GUAGGGUAACUUAUGUAUUUGUGUGCAUCACUUUUCGUAGUAUUUCAUACAGACCAGUUCAUGAGAAUGUGUUGUCACUGAUAAUGCUUCCAAUGCAUUACAGUUGACUUAUUACACGUUGUGUGUUUUCUUGCAUGUUUUCACCUCUAUAGGGUUUAUGUUUCAGAUGACUGAAGACCCAAAGAUCCUGCAGAUGGAAGAAAACAAACUGAAGACGGACCAAACCAACCUGCAGACGGACCAAACCAACCAGCAGACGGACCAAACCAACCAGCAGGAGGAACUAGAUGAACUGAAAGAUGUGAUGUCAGCAGAAUGUUUUAAAUCUGCUCAACGUUUGGUAGAAAGCUGCAGGAACCAAACUCCUCCUGACCUGAAGGAUCUACAACAAAUAUUCUCCUUUAUUUUGCAGACAUCUGACAAAGGACCAAAAAACUCAGAGAGAUCUGAGGAGUCCAGUUACAACGCAAAGACCUCUUCAUCUUCAUCAUCUUCAUCUUCCUGGACUAAAGCCACAGUGAAGGUGUUCCCGGUCGUCACUGGUCAGACCUUUGGUGCUGAUCAGGUCAUACUGGAACAAGUGGAGAACACAGGAUGGUCAACAUGGAAGGUGGAGAUCACUAGAAACCUGCAGGAAUGUGACAUCAUCAUCAUCUUCUGUCCAAUCAGGUCUCGUGUUGGAUCAGAUGUGGAGGCAGCCAUGAGAGAGGAUUCAGUGUCCUCUGGAGGUAAACCAGUCAUUCUAGUGCUGAUGCAUCACACCAGAGACCCCGACUAUUCAACCAGUGUCAGAAGAUGGUCUGAAACCUUUCAGAACGUCGUGUUGGAUGUUCACGUUCUCUUCCACGAGACUCAGCGGGGAUUACUGCUCUGUUCAAGAAAUGACCGGGCCGUCAAACUAAUACAGGAAGAGUUAAAGAAACGUAGUAAAGAUCAGGCUGUCCCACAAAAACAAGAAGAGUUAAAGAAACGUAGUAAAGACCAGGCUGUCCCACAAAAACAAGAAGAGUUAAAGAAACGUAGUAAAGACCAGGCUGUCCCACAAAAACAAGAAGAGUUAAAGAAACGUAGUAAAGAUCAGGCUGUCCCACCAAAACAAGACGUAAAGAAAUAUAGUAGUUGGUGGCCGUCUUUGACCUAGUUUUAGUGGCUUAAUAAGUGAAUUUGGAGCAUCUUGUAGCAACAGAACAGUCCUUAUUAAUUAUUGAAGCUAGAGAAAUGUACAGUCAGAGAAGUUUGGUUAAUGUCCUCCUGAAAUAAACAGUUGUUCAAUAAAAAAUGAUCAUAGAUGUCA